GCUAGACUUCUGAGGAGGUGGACAGCUGAUACGAGGCACUGUGAGUGAGUGAGUAAAUUCUGAAAAAUACCUAAAAUCCUUUCUCGUUUUAACUGAACUUCGUCGACGAUCAUGUUGUACCCACCGUUGUUUUAGAAUGCCUUUGUCAUAAAUACUGGUGCCGGUACGCCGGUAUGGCUAUUCGUUAGAGUCUGACAUAAGUCGAGAUACGGUACCGGUACUCGGCGGUAGUGCUUUCGACUGCGCUGCAGCGCAGUGUCACCUCUCUCUCUUAACUGAUCCCUCCACUUCUUUGGAGAUUCCUGGAGUCCAGAUAGAAUGUAAAUAAUGGCAUUUUUAACGAGGAGUAAACCUGGAAAUCCAUUUUUUGUUCAGCUUUAUAUGGACUACAUCUGUUUAUUUAUGUUGUGCUGUUCACAUCUAUGGUAUGCUGAAGCACAUAACGGGCAAGGUCUCCACGCAGCUAGUGAACUUCAAGAAGCUCUGUGUAAUGACCCUAAUGGCACAACCUUUAAUGCUUGGACUGGAGAUUGCAUGUCGGACCUUUUCAUGAAGUAUGGAAAAGAUGGGAAGUUAGAAUUUGAUGGAUUUAGACAACUCUUGGACAAUGUAGGCCUUGGUGUUGUAAGAGACAGCCUGAUGCACCCCAAAACUCAUGAAACGAAUACUUCUCACACUCAUCAGUCUGACAAAACAGACCACUUGCAUGAUCUCACACCAAACAGGCAUAAGAGGGACGAACUGAAUUCUACCACAAGUUCAAAUACAAAGGGAAUUCAUAACACACAGCAUAUUGAUCAUCAUCAAACCGAAUUUGAGCAUGCAACUAAGUGCCUGUCUGCUGAUGAAAUCCUAAACACACUGAGCCUGAUCCCCAGCGAAGGCAUUGUACCUCUCCAAUUCCUCCAGCUGUGCCCCAUCCUACUCCAGCAGUUGGACAGUCAUGCUUGCAUCGUGUAUGACAUCCAUGGACCGGGUGAAGAGCACAACCAUACGGAUGAGCACAACCAUACUGAUGAGCACUCACCGGCACCACCUGAAGAAGCUUCCAAGACACAUCUAGGACAAUUAUGGGGAUACUCCAUCGGAGCAGUGACUAUGAUCAGUGUUGCUUCAGUAACAUGUAUCAUGAUGGUGCCAUGUAUACAACGCUUCCCUCUUGCGUACGGUCGUCUGCUAUCCUUUCUGGUUGCCAUGGCAGUGGGCACGCUGAGUGGUGACUCUAUUCUCCAUCUUCUACCUCAUUCCUUUGGGAUACACGCACAUGAUGAGAUAGAAGUAUCAGCAGAAGUGGCAUCCGAUUCACAUUUCCAUCCAACUUCUGCUCCUUCCGCUGAGGCUGACAAGCAUGUGGUUGUGUGGCGAGGAUGUGUGGUACUUUUAGGCAUCUUCAGCUUUUUUAUCUUUGAGCAGAUGAUGCGCAUGUGUAAAAAGAGACCCAAGAAAAGACUUGAGUCAAAGCCAUCUCUUUCAGAGGAGGGAAACCAAAAUGGAUCGGGGAGUCAAGACAUAGGAGAGAGGCUAUGUAACCAUAAUGAUACAGCAAAUGAAUUGAUUCCCAUGAUGCAUCAGAGAGGAACAGAUGAAGCUAAAGUGGUGAAUGAGCAUUACCCAGGGGUCUUCAGCUUUAAGCACAAAUCAUCUGUCAUUCCACACGUGGAGCUGAAUGACAAAGAGAAAGCAGAUGAGGAGAAGGAAGAGAAGAAGAGUCAAUCCAGCCUUGAUUUGAGCAUGAAAAAGGACCAGGAGAGUAGCUAUGGAGGUGUGUCAACCAGUAUAUGCAAGGACACUGAUCUAUUCAGUGUUUCUACUCCCAAGAAGGUUGUUGAAUCAGAUGGCCAUUCAUCCUCUCAGGGCAACCAUGAGCAUUCAUACCACCAACAUAAUAGUGAUCAUCAUCAUCAUCAUCUUCAUCAUCAUCAUCAUGGACAUAGUCAUCAUGGACACAGCCAUGCCAAUACUGGCAAGAUGGGCAUCUCUGCCAUUGCUUGGAUGGUUGUGAUGGGGGAUGGGGUGCAUAACUUCACGGAUGGACUCAUCGUUGGAGCGGCCUUCGCAGAUAGCUUGGCUGGCGGUCUUAGUACAGCUAUUGCAGUCAUGUGCCAUGAGAUACCUCAUGAACUCGGUGACUUUGCUGUGAUGUUGCGAGGUGGUAUGAGUAUCAAGCAAGCAUUGGCAUUCCAGGCAGUCUCAUCCAUCCUAGCCUAUGUUGGCAUGGCAAUAGGCCUUAGUAUAGGACACCUCAGCUCCGUCAGUCUAUGGAUCUUUGCGUUAGCUGGAGGAGCAUUUCUUUACAUAGCGCUAACAGAUUUGUUUCCUGAGAUGGUGGAAAGUCUGAACAACACCACAGACAGUAAGUCAUGUCAUCUCUUGCUUCAGGUUCUAGGUGCACUGUUUGGAAUCGGUACCAUGCUUGUUAUAGCGCUGUAUGAAGAACUCCUUAUAGCAGCACUUGCUUCAUAGGAAAUUCCUUUAAGAUGUGGUUGCCAUGGUGAUUCAAAUCGUUGGGAUUGAGAUAUAGUCAAUGAACACUGAAUUUAUCAUGAAGAGCUAGCUGAUAGAGAGGAUGGCAGGAGAGAAACAUGGCAUAUCAUUUGAGAGAUGGGCUUGUACAAGCUUAAAGUUAUCUUAGAUAUAAAAACUUUACUUUUGUUAAAAAUGUUCCGAACUUUGUAUAUUGUUGUGGGUCACAAAUUCAACAGCGUUUCAAAUAUGAAUGUUUAGUUUUUGUGUGUCAGAAUUUGUAUGUUUGUCGCCUUGUACAUUUCACUGUUAUACAAACAAUAACAAGAAACAAAUGUGUAUAUUGCAAAUAUAAUGGCUGGUAUUGUUUCUAUGUAUUAAGGAAUUUGUGAUUUGCCAUUAUUCCUGUGAUAGCUACAUGUAGCUGAAGCUUUUUAUUUUUACACCAGAGAAUGAAUUAUUGAUACGAAAGCCUAGUUUUUAUCUCCUCCAUGUAGAAGUAGAAAUGUCUCAGCUCUAGAGCAUUGAGUUUGUGAUUACAGCCAUGUGACACAUGGCUGUGCACUUUAAACUAUGAUUGGUUUUUUGUCUCGCCUGCAUAGCUGAGCGAGACUAUAGGCGCCGCUUUUCCGGCGGCGGUGACGGCGGCGUCGUCAACAUUGAAAUCUUAACCAAGGUUAAGUUUUUGAAAUGUCAUCAUAACUUAGUAAGUAUAUGGACCUAGUUCAUGAAACUUAGAGACAUAAGGGUAAUCAAGUAUUACUGAACAUCCUUCCUGAGUUUCAGGUCACAUGACCAAGGUCAAAGGUCAUUUAGGGUCAAUUAACUUAGACCAUGUUGGGGGAAUCAAUAUCAAAAUCUUAACCAAGGUUAAGUUUUUGAAAUGUCAUAACUUCGAAAGUAUAUGGACCUAGUUCAUAAAACUUAGACAGUAGGGUAAUAGUGUAUCACUGAAGAUCUUGCCUGAGUUUCAAGUCACAUGAUUAAGGUCAAAGGUCACUUAGGGUCAACAAACUUUGGCCAUGUUGGGGUUAUUUGGGGAAUUGUCAUCAUAACUUUAAACAUUUAUGGAUCUAGUUCACGAAACUUAAACAAAAGAGCAACCAAGUAUCCCUGAAUAUCAUGUGCGAGUUUCAGUUCACAUGGUGAAGGUCAAAGGUCACUUAGGGUCAACGAACUUUGGCCAUAUUGGGGGUAUUUGAGGAAUUGUCAUCAUAACUUUGAAAUUUUAUGGAUCUAGUUCAUGACACUUGGACAUAAGAGCAAUCAAGUAUCCUUGAACAUCCUGUGCUAGUUUCAGGUCACAUGAACAAGGUCAAAGGUCAUUUAUGGUCCACAAGCUUUGGUAAUGUUGGGGGUAUUUGUGGAAUUGCCAUCAUAACUUUAAAAGUCUAUGGAGCUAGUUCAUGAAACUUGGACAUAAGAGCAGCAAUGUAUCCCUUAAUACCCUGUGUGCAUUUCAGUAACAUGGCCAAGAUCAAAGGUCAUUUAAAGGUCAAUGAACUCUGGCCGUGUUGGGAGUAUGUGUUGAAUUGGCAUCACAAUUUAAGAAGUUUAUGGAUCUAGCUCAUGAAACAACAUAAGGGUAAUCAAGUAUGAAUGAUUGUUUUGAACAUGUCAUGGAUCACAUGAUCAUGGUCAAAGGUCAUUUUGGCCAAUGGACAUAAUAUUUUAUUAUCAUAUUGGUGUUUUCUUCUGUGAAUAAUUAUUCAUUAGCUGUUUCAAAGGAAGCACUGCUACUAUAUCGAAUUGCGUAGUGCAGGCGACACUGCCAGAGGCGUUCCACUUGUUUAAUUUAUUGCACAAAUUAUCAAUUGAUAUGGGUAAAAACCCUCUAUUUUUCAAUCAAUUGUAAAGUUUUGUGUUAUAGGGUAUGAGAAUACUUAAGUCAUUGCACCCGUGUCCUCUUAUUAAACACAAAGCCGGUCACUAUUGUAAUUUAAUCCUUGGUUUCUAAAGAGAAUCAGGAUUACAUAAUUGAUAAGUUGUAUACAUGUAUGCACAAGCUAUAGGCCUGUGCCUUUACUGCCAGAUAAGCAAAUCAACAAACAGUGAUUGCAAAUACCUUUUCUCAUCCUGUCUCUUUAUAAACAAACCUUUGUUCAGGAAUGGGUACUUCCAAAUUUCUUUCUUAUCGCUUUUCAAAGAAGAUUUGAACAGGUUUAGCAAAGUUCGUAUUUGUGUUGGCUCUAUGGGUGGACACUUAGGUGAUCAUGCUGUGAACAAAAAUAUCUUAUUUGAUUGUAGGUCAAUUGAAUGUGAAUGUAAAUGCUUUAAUAUCUGAUAUUUUUUCCCCUUUCCCCGUCUUAUAAGUAAGGUUGUAAUUUCCGUAGAAUUGAUAAGUUUUCCUUACAACAUCACCAGAUUUAUCUUCAGAUCUCAAUAAGAAUAGAUCCAAUGGUAAUGUGUCAUUAUAAUUAGUUCAACUUGGUGCCAAUUUACAUUCAUUUUGUUGUUGGAAGUGUUGGAAGAGGAGUUGGAGCUAUUUUGUGCAAUAUCAUGAAAUUGUAAUCUGACAAUGUGCUAUAUGGAAUAGAAUAAAACAUCUGGUCACCAAAUUACAUGUCUAGAUCUUUGAUGGACCCAGGGACCUAUCCAUGGAGGAUUAGUCUAUUGUUACUGGGGGUGCUGAGCAUUGACACAGCACUCCCAGUAACAAUGGAUGGACCUACAUGUAAACAUGCCCAUGGACUGACCCCAGAUAUAGGAUAUAUUUAUAAAGUCAAUACACAACCAUUCAUAUGCAACAACAACCUGCCAACCUAUAUUUGUCCAAUAAUGAGACAAUGUUUAAAUAGAAAUGACAGUUAAAAAAACUGUCCUACAGUCAUUGUAAAUGGAGAAUGAAACUCUUGGAGCAAGUUAGCUUUUGUGAAAGCAGAAAAAUCAAAGAAUAAGAUUAAAAAAAGUUUGAGUAAAAUAGGACUAGCAAUAGAAGAGUUAUGAGCAUUUGAAUGUCGAGAUCACUAAUGCUAUGGAGAUCCUCUCAUUGGCAAUGCGACCAAGAUCUAUGAUGUCACAGAUGAACAACUCUCCCCUUUUGGACACUGAAAAUAUACCCCAAAACAUCUCUUUUUGCUCAUUCUAAUCAUAUGACAAACGAUUCAUCAAUGAUAUAAUGUUGUGAAACCUCUGUACUUGUCCUCUCAUAAAGAGAACACCUCACCUUGUGAUAGACUCUAUAAAAGUGAGAAUAUAAGUGCAGGCGCGUAGCCAGGGGGGGCGGUGGGGGCGGUCGCCCCCCAAAAAAAACGUCCCCAAAAAGAAAAAAAAGAAGGGAAAAAAGAGAGGAGAAAAGGAAAAGGGAAGGGAGGAAAGGGAAGAAAGGUAGCUUUGUGUUUUUUUUUUCAAUAAUCUUAGAAAAUCAAUUGAAUUAGAGCCGAUGGGGUAUUAGAGAUAUCUGCAUUUGAUGAAACGUCCGCUUUUUGAAAUUCCAGAGUUUCAUUGCUCUGCGCGGGGAGGAAUAUCUUCCUCCCGGCAUAUACACUUCUUCUCCUCUGUUUUGCGAGUUAAAUAUGUGCACCGUCGCUAAAUUGUUUGUAAUCAAAUCUGAUCUUUCCAAGGGAAGUAUUCAAUAUAUCAUUGAGAAUACCCUUUUCUCUGGACCCUUUACAUGGCAAAAAAAUUUAUAAAACGCUUCAGCUUCCGCGCUUCACGCGGGGUUAUUAUUAUAUUAAUUUCCUCCAUUGUAUUCCUUUUUUGUGCGUUCACAAUCACUUUUGAAAUCAAGGUUCAUGAAAACAAGGUUCAAAAUCACAAUAUAGUCAACUGAAUUGGAGCUGAUAUAGGUACUAGAGACAAGAGAGACGGCUCCUUUUCAUUUUAAUUUAUGAAACACCAAAAGCUUCGCGCGGGAGGGGGAAACUCCCCCUCCCUGCACCCACCCCCUAGGAAGCGCGCUCUGUAAGUGUUAGCACACUUUGCGUGCAUUUACCGCUCCCUCCAAAAUGAAAUCCUGGCUACGCGGUUGUAUAAGUGAAAUAAGUACUAAAGUAAUGAGGGAUUUGUACGUGUGUGUCAUCACAGAUCUUGGUCGCAUUGCGAAUUGGAGGAUCUACAUGGCAUUAGUGAUCUCAAUAUUCAAAUGCUCAUAACUUUCUUAUUAUUCAUUCAAUCUUCCUCAAACUUUCAACAAUAUGUUUCUUUGAUUUUUCUCAUUGAUAUGGAUUCAGCUGGUUUCAAGGGUUUCAUUCUCCUUUAAAUACCCCUUUCAUACUGCCCUCUUCAUUUUUCACCAGCGAACUUCUCCGCCUCGCAUUCCUCACUUCCCCAGCGAAGAAGAAAUGUACCCUUUCGCACUGACAUUUCUUCCCCGGCGAAAGUCAACGGGCGAUUGCAGAACAAACGAAAGAAAAUUGUAAAUAUUACUUCUUACCUAUUACAAAAGGUAUAAAAAAUAUUAAUUACAACAUAUUUUGAAAGUAUUACGAGAAAAACAAACAAUAUCACCUUGUUUUUAUAUUUUAGCGCAUUUUAUACAUGUUAAAAUUGCUUUUUAAUAAAUAUUGUUAGUAAAAAAAAAAAAUUAUGUUCGAGGGUAUCUACUUGGCCAUAGUAUUCAGCUGAGCUUGCAACUAUCGCGCGCGGAAUCUCGGUACAGGGGACUUCGGGAGAGAAAAAAUUGACCUCUGACGUCAUUAAAGAGGAGAAGUUCUCCGGUUCACUUUAGCUGGCCUUUUCACUGCGAACUUCGCCGCUGAAACAGUUUCGCCGGCGAAGUUCUCCACCUCUAUAGGUGGAGAAGUUCGCCGGUGAAGUUCUCCUGUGUACCUUUCAUACUGGACACUUUCCCCUUCGCUGGCGAACUUCGCCGGUGAAAAGCGCAAUAUGAAAGGGGUAUAAUAUGGAAACCCUCAAGAUUAUAACCAUAGACCAUGACCAUGUAACUCUUCUCCUCUCCCCCUCUCUCUUU